AUGGAAAUUCCGAGUGCACGACUACAGAAAAGACUUAUUGGCCCAUGUAUUAUUUGUGGAGCAGAAGGGUUUGAAGGUAAGUUUCGAAGGUUUACUGAAGACGCUUACCAGAAAGACCUACAGCAUGGAACCUUGAAUUCUACAUGGAUACUAAAUGUUACUCAGUUUUGUAACAGUCAUUACAUGAGUUAUAUUGUGAAUGGUAUUAAUACUGAGAAAAGUGUCAAGACAUCUGAGAGCACUAUUUCUUUAAAGAGACGUCAACGAGAGCGGAAAAUGAAGCCAUCAGAGAUGAGUGACGAUGAAAGAAUCAGUGAGAUUAAUUUUAUUGAAUGUGUUAGAUCGAUGGCACACAUAUUUUAUGCGAGAGAAAAGAAAGAAAGAAAACCACCGAUAUAUGAUUGGAAGUUGCUUCGGAUGGAUUUGGAGUCAGAAGACAUUCAUCUCAAAUCAUUUCUCAACCUGCUUGAGAAACUGAUUAAUUCGAAUGAUAGAGACCUUGUGGAUCAUACUAUCUCACAACGACAGAAAGGUCUCUCGUUCUUAUGUCAUUUUCUCGCAGGGAUCGGAAAUAAACAUAUCAACGCAUUGAAAAAAGACAUUGCUAUAUUUUUGGAUCAUUCAGGUACCUCUGAUCAAGCAAUCGAUACUUUAUCUAACAUGCAGUUGAGUUCUACGUCAAGGGAGAAUCGACGUGGGAAAAAUAUCAUAUCUUCUAUUCAUAGAGAUAAUGUCACAAGAGAGCUUGUAAAGUAUCAGGCGAAUGCGUUAAUUGCUAAUAUCGAUGAUUAUCACAACAUUCAUGGUUUACACAUUCCAACAACUACGUCGACCAGUACGGUUGCUCACAUGACUACAGUUCUUGCCAUCCUGAUAUCUACAGCAAAAAAUCAGUUUAUGGCUCUUCUAUCUCAAUCGUUUAAUGAUCGGUUUGCAAGAAAACCUGCUUACGCUGAAAAUGAUUUACUUGAUAAUCUAACGCUUAAUUUACAUUCGACGGAGGCAUACAUUAAAGCUAUGGAGACGUUUGCAUCCUUUCCAGAAUUUCACAAAUAUUUCCAGCACAAUGUUAUUCCAUUAGUUGCUGAUUGGCCAGGUCAAAUACUUCCUCGAAAAGUGAUUACAAUGCAACAACAACAAGCGCGAAAGAAUAUUCAAACAGAAACAGAUACGCCUGAACAACUUUCAAGAACGGCUUGCAUUAUCAAUUGUCUUCAUCAUGAUAAUGUGUUUCAGAAUACAUUCGUUUCGACAACAAAAUAUCCUUAUUGUAAAGAAGAUCUAAUAGGUUUAACUAACAAAGCAUCUAUCUUUCUUCUAGAACUGUUUGCUGAUAUUAAAAACAACACUGGGAAAAGCGAAUGGACAAAACGUGACAAAAACAAAGUUUCAUGCCAUCUUGCAACUCUUAAUAUAGAUAUAAAUCAACGGCAUUUGCCAAUGGCGUUCAGUUCAGAAUACCCUCCAAUUACAGAUAUGAGUAUCGGUGAAGAUGAUUUUGAGGUUGAUCUCAAUCAAGAAAAAGAAGUUCAAUCAACGGAUAAUGAUAAUGGAGUCGAAGACUUAUCAAAGCAACCACUAUUUAAUCUAAAAACUUCAAAUUAG